UGGGGUAGCUCAGCCAUGGUAGAUAACAGCCAAGAGACUGAAGAUACUUCCACAGAUAUUGACAUUGAUGAUAAAAACCAAUGUUUCUCAACUGUGUCUUGGUCCAAUGGAGUUCAGCAUGGGCCACUUUUGGUUGUGGACUCCAAGGAUCAAAGUAAGACUAAGGUUAAAGCUGAAGACCAGAAGACUCUUCGUAGGCUGGUUCAGAAUCGGGAGGCAGCAAGGAAGAGUCGCUUAAGGAAAAAGGCCUAUGUUCAACAAUUGGAGAACAGUCGACUUAGGCUUGCGCACUUAGAGCAAGAGCUUCAACGAGUACGUCAGCAGAGUGUAUGCAUUGCAACUGGAAUUACGGGAGAUCAUGGUCAUUCAGUUGUUGGAAAUGGUGCGUUAGCAUUUGACAUGGACUAUGCCCGUUGGGUGGAUGAGCAUCAACGUCUGAUCAAUGACCUAAGAUCAGCUAUAAAUUCCCAUAACAGUGACAAUGAACUGCAUCUUAUUGUUGAUAGUGUCAUGGCACAUUAUGAUCAAUUAUUUAGGUUAAAGAGCAUAGGGGCAAAGGCUGAUGUAUUUCACAUACUUUCUGGGAUGUGGAAGACACCUGCAGAAAGAUGCUUCAUGUGGUUUGGUGGAUUCCGUUCAUCCGAACUUCUCAAGAUAAUUAGAAACCACCUUGAGCCGUUGUCAGAUCAGCAGUUGAUGAGCAUUUACAACCUGCAGCAGUCUUGCCAGCAAGCUGAGGAUGCUUUAUCUCAAGGGAUGGAAGCAUUGCAACAAUCUCUUUCAGAGACAAUUUCCACCACCUCCUUAGGGCCCACUGGUUCUGGAAAUGUUGCAGAGUACAUGGGCCAAAUGGCAAUUGCAAUGGCCAAGCUUGCCACACUAGAGACUUUCGUGCAUCAGGCUGACCUAUUGAGGCAACAAACACUGCAACAGUUGCAAAGAAUUUUGACUACGCUCCAAGUUGCUCGUGCUCUCCUUGUCAUAAAUGAUUACAUUUCACGACUUCGAGCACUUAAUUCAUUAUGGUUAGCGUGCCCUAAAGAGUACUGA